AAAAAAAAGAAGAAAAAGAAAUCAAUUUCAAAAAUCACAAUUCUCAUACUCUAUCCCUCUCUCUCUCUUAUCUGAUUUUCUUAAAUAGAAGAAAAAAAAAACGUGGUCAGAAAUGGGUGUACCCGAGACUGACCCGCUUUCCCAGCUGAGCUUGCCUCCGGGUUUCCGGUUCUUUCCGACCGACGAGGAGCUUUUGGUUCAGUAUUUGUGCAGAAAAGUUGCCGGACACCACUUCAGCCUCCAAAUUAUUGGAGAAAUAGAUUUGUACAAGUUUGACCCAUGGGUAUUACCAAGCAAAGCUAUAUUUGGUGAAAAAGAAUGGUACUUUUUCAGUCCCAGAGACAGAAAAUAUCCUAACGGUUCCCGACCCAAUCGGGUUGCAGGAUCCGGGUAUUGGAAGGCUACCGGUACCGAUAAAAUAAUUACCACCGAAGGUCGAAAAGUGGGGAUAAAAAAGGCUCUGGUGUUUUACGUCGGAAAAGCUCCAAAAGGAACAAAGACAAAUUGGAUCAUGCACGAGUAUCGCCUAAUUGAACCAUCACGUAAAAAUGGUAGCACUAAGUUGGAUGAAUGGGUUCUAUGCCGUAUUUACAAGAAGAGCUCGGGCUCUCAGAACAAGCCAAUGAUGAUGACUAGUCCAAUGAGCAAAGAACACAGUAACGGUUCUUCGUCGUCGUCUUCGUCCCACCUGGACGACGUCCUCGACUCACUUCCGGCCAUCGACGACAGGUUUUUCAAUUUACCUCGUAUCAAUUCUCUGAAGACAUUUCACCAGGAAGACGAAAAGCUCGGUUUCCAUAAUCUGAGUUCUGGGAAUUUCGACUGGGCAACUCUAGCCGGGUUCAACACGGUGCCGGAACUCGUCCCGGGUAAUCAAGCUGCUCAGCCUCAGCAAUGUACCGGAACCGUCGGAUUUAACAAUAAUGACUUGUAUGUCCCUUCUAAUAUCCCUCCUCUGUGCCACGUGGAUCAAUCUCCACCGAAGAGGAUAGGGAACUCGUUGGACGAGGAAGUACAAAGUGGGCUAAGAAGCACACAACGGGUUGAUAACUUGGGCUUCUAUCAGACGAACACUCAGAACUACUCAAACUCGCUGGACCCGUACGGGUUCAGAUACCCGGCCCAGUCAGGGGGUUUCGGGUUUAGGCAGUGAGGAAAUUACAGAAGUAGGAAUGCAUUUUGGGAGGGCAUUUUAGCAAAUUUCAACAGUCAAAGUAGGAGUGCAUUUCUGUAAAUAUCUGAGAUUCUUUGGGGCUAACAUUUUGGCUUUAGAUUGAAAAAAAAAGAGAGGAACUAUUCAAAGUGUUGGGAGUGUAAACAAAAAUAGGGAAAAGCGAGAGUCCAAUUUUCUGAAAAGAAAAAGUAAUAAUAAUAUAAAAAAAGGGCCAAAACGGAAUUUCGCUCCCACUUUUUGCUUGUUAGCAUACAAAUUCGAUGUAUCUCUUUGUAUAAUACAAUCCAACAAGGACGUGAUCAAUAUUUGGUACAUGUCAUUUUGGAAUCAAAUACUGUUUUUAUAAAUUCGGUUUCAAUCGCUA